AUGUCCGCCAUCGCCGUGGUGUCCAUCGCCGCACCAAUCCCCAUCUAUCUCAUCCCCGAGGCUAGGUUCCUGACCAUCCACAACACCGUCUGGAUUUCCUGGACUUUUAUCAUCAUGGCGAUGCCCGUCGCCAUUGCUUUUUGCAUUCUCAUGACGAACGAGCGCCAUAUCAAGCUGCGGCAAUCGCUCUCCGAAACGCAGCGCAUCUUCACUACAUCAUGGUGGGCCGGAGAGCUCGACAGCCCAUCGCCACGCGGCGGAAGACGGAGCCGUGCUGGCCUGGACCCUUACGCUUUUGAUCCAACCCCAGGGGAUUCGUCAUUAGGCGUUACGGACAGCCGCUACCACCGCCCUGCUGUACCCGUCAGGUUGCGCCGGCGAUGGCUGCCAGCUAGCUUCGUCCGCUUUGUGUGGUUCUGCCUCGCGUUAUCCAUCGGUCUAAUGGCCUACGUCCUGGGGGAGGCCUACGCAGAAAUCUACCUGCGCACGUUGCCGCAUAACAACCUGGAGACCAUCGUCUACGUCUACGGGUGGAUAUCAACUGUCUACCUGCUUGACGGGCUAACGGGGUGGAUAUUGGGAGGGAACGAAGGUGAGCGGGUCGGAAGCUACCCGCUGAGCUGGAUCUUCAAGCUUUACUUCAUGCUCACCUACCAAACAUACGUCCGCGCCCUGUACGCGCGCCUGCGUAGUCCCUCGCAGUUCAUCCUCCUCCAGGUCCUCUCCUCGACAGGCCUCAUCAUCGUCACCCCGAUACUCAUGUCGGCCCCUUUCCAUUGGUUCUUAUCCGUGAUUGGCGUCAACGGCCAGAGUUACGGCUCAUACCAAAAGAUGUGCAUCCGCAACGUCUUCAUCCGCUUCAUGGCUGAGAACGCAUCCAUGUUGACCUUCCUUGGCAGCGUCGUGGUCCUGCACUUCGGCGCCAACAAGGACGUCUACCCCUACUUCACCUUCGACAGCACCGAGGAAGACGGCGGCUACAACUUUGGCUUGACCUUCUACGCUUCCACCAUUACCUGGGCGUGCGAGCUUGCCGCGAGCUUCAUCGUCGACUGGCUCAUCCGCUGGAUCUACAAAGUGAGCGUCGUCACCGAGGGCAAGCUCGAUUUCAUCGUCUGGCCCGAGCUGCUGCCGACCUGCGUCGCCGUCAUGCUGCACGUGCUGCAAAACAUGCUCUUCUCGAUCAUUCGGCUCCAGUUUCGGUGA